AUGACUGGAUCGAAUGGCUAUUAUGCGCCAAACAUGCGCGCUGUGCCUGCUGGCGAAUUUGUAAAACCGCUCAGAAGAACUAACGGUGCCGGUGUGCAGGCUGAAGACACGCGGAUAUGCGUCGUCAUGGUGGGACUGCCUGCGAGAGGCAAGAGUUUGAUUGCACAAAAAGUUGUUCGAUACCUGCAUUGGCUGUCUAUCAAGUCCAAAACCUUCAAUGUGGGGCAGUAUCGACGAACCGCAACACCGAACCCCUCCGCCGAGUUCUUUGACCAGUCGAACCCUGAAGGAGAACGACUGCGAAAAGCUGCCGCCGAGGCUGCUGUGAACGACAUGUGCAAGUGGUUCGCGGAGGGCAGGGGUCUGAUUGCGAUUCUGGAUGCGACAAACUCCACAAAGAGCCGUCGCAGGUGGAUACAAGAGCGUUGCCAGGCUGAGAACAUCGAAACGCUGUUCGUGGAAUCGAAGUGCGACGACGAGGAGCUGAUUAUGAGCAACAUCCUGGAAGUCAAGACCACGUCGCCGGACUACGUAGGACAGGACCCCGAAGAGGCUGCUGCAGAUUUCCGAAACCGCAUCCGAAACUACGAGAAGGUCUACCAGACGAUCGACGAGGAUGAGCGCGACCUCACAUACGUAAAAUUGAUCGAUGUGGGCAAGCAAGUCAUCAUCAACCAGAUCCAGGACUACUUGCAGAGUCGUGUGGUCUACUAUCUGAUGAACCUCCACAUCAAACCGCGAUCGAUCUGGCUAUCACGACACGGCGAGUCGGAAUUCAAUCUGACCGGCCAGAUUGGCGGCGACGCAAACAUUUCAGAACGUGGAGAUGCAUACGCCCAUGCUUUGCCCGGACUCGUAGCACAGUCUGUGGGUGAUGGUCGCAAGUUGACUGUCUGGACGUCGACAUUAAAACGAACGAUUCAGACCGCGCGAUUCCUUACCUUCGAAAAGCUUGAGUGGAAAGCUCUCGACGAGCUCGACUCCGGUGUCUGCGACGGCCUCACCUAUGCUCAGAUUGAGCAGAAAUAUCCCGAAGACUUUGCGUCGCGCGACGAGGACAAGUACAACUACCGCUAUCUUGGCGGAGAGUCAUACCGCGAUGUGGUCAUCCGCCUCGAGCCGAUUAUCAUGGAGCUGGAGCGCAGCGAGAACAUCUUGAUCGUCACACACCAGGCCAUCCUGAGGUGCAUAUACGCAUACUUCAUGAACGUGCCACAAGAACAGAGCCCCUGGAUGGAGGUCCCCCUCCACACGCUCAUCAAACUUACGCCCAAGGCGUACUCGACACAAGAGGAGAGGUUAAAAGCAGAUAUCCCCGCGGUCAGCACAUGGAGGGGAAAGGGCAGUAAGGCUGAGCACCAGCAGUCAGAGGGACACGCAUAG